GUUAGAAUAAGUCAAAAUAAUAGGACCUCUCUGGCUCUCUCAGACCUGAAAAUUGUAAAUAUUACUACAUUUAUUUAUUAAAAAUAGAUAUUGACGUCUCUCUUUCCCUUCAUUUGUCUCCCUCUCUCUGAUCAAUCCGAAGCUAUCCAUCCAGAAUCCAAGAAGAAGAAGAAGAAAAUAAGGAAGUUAAUUAAUUUGGAUCCUCUGAUUAUAGUAUACGAACCAAAAAGAGAAAAUUCAUUUAUUUUUCCGUAUUUGGUUGAAUAUAUUUACGACGCAGCUUCAGACCCGAUCUCUGAAAAUGGACUCCGAUUUCUGGACCUCUCGUCUCGCCGCCGCCAAACGCCAACACGCUUUGCAGCAGCAGCACCAGAACCAGAGUUCCUAUCUGGAUCGAUUGAGCUUCGAUGAUUUCGAGGUAGAGGAGGAGGAACGACCGGAUUUUCCCUGUCCAUACUGUUACGAGGAUUUCGACAUCGCUUCUUUGUGUUUGCAUCUGGAAGACGAGCAUUCUUGCGAGUCUAAAGUCACGGUUUGUCCCAUAUGCUCAGUUAAAGUCUCACAGGACAUGCUAAGCCACAUUACGCUGCAACAUGGACAGUUUUUCAAGUUGCAGAGACGUCGCAGAUUAAGAAGAGUUGCAAUCCCUAAUAGUCAGGCUCUGUCUCUCCUUGGGCGAGAUCUCCGUGAGGCCCAUCUGCAAGUGCUGCUAGGUGGUGGUGGUGGUGGUGGUGGUGGAUACCGGUCAAGCAAUGCUAAUGGGUCUAAUGCAGCUACUGAUCCAUUCCUUUCAUCACUUAUUUUGAAUUUCCCUGCAUCAGAGGCGGAAGAAGUCUCAAAAUCUGUGGUAUCAAGUUCUGAGGAUGCUUCCGUGAAAAAUGCUGCUCCAGCGCACAUGUGGAAAUCAAGUUACGAUCCUUCUUUGAGCUCUGAAGAACGGGAGAAAAGGAUGAAGCAGGAAGCUGCAAGAGCUGGUUUUGUCCAAGAAUUGCUUCUCUCAACCCUAUUAAAAGACCAGUGAAAGCUUUGAGUUCAAUGAAGAACAAUGGAAUUAUUUAUUUAAAAGAAAUUGAAAUGAUGGUAUUAAUGAAGUGAGAUUUUCAUGGUUUACUUAUUAAACCCCCCCAUGCCUCAUGAAAUAUUGAGGAGGCACUCUUCUUUAAGAAUAUCCAUCCUUGUAUAACUCCCUUAGCCAUAACCAGAAGAGAUGUACUUUUAUUCUGGAAAAACAAUGAUAAAUUUUUUAGUUUAUGAAAGAAUUUUAUAUCCUGAAUUGGUUG